AUGGCUUGUUCGGCGACGUGCAUCGUUGUCGUCGGCGCUCUGCUGAUCACCAGCGCGUGCUAUGCCGUGGAAGAGCAAGAUGUGCUCACCGUCGGCGUGCUGCUGCCGUGGAGCGCCACCCGCCCGCUUGGCCCCUCGAUCGCCUCCGCCGCGACGAUCGCCAUCGACGACAUCAACGCCAACGCUAGUCUGCUGCCCGACAACACGCUGCGCUUCGUGUGGCUCGACACGCAAUGCGACGAGAAGAUGGGACUGCACGCCAUCGUCAACAUGUGGUCGCGUCGCCACGCCGACCACAUACGCGGCUUCAUCGGCCCGGGCUGCGACGUCGUCUGCGAGACGGCGGGGCUGCUGGCGUCGGCGUGGAACAUGCCCAUCGUGUCGUGGGGCUGCACUUCGAACCACCUCAGCGACAAGGACGCGUACAACACACUCGCCCGUGUCGUCGGCCCCUUCACCAGCGUGGCGCCGAUCGGCGUCGCUGUGAUGCACCGCUGGCGAUGGAAGCGCGUCGGCAUAUUGGCAGCGGCCGACGUCAGCUGGCAACUAACGGCCGAGACGUUGAAGGUGCAGCUGAUAGCCGGCGGUAUCGACAUCCCCUUCUUUCAGAGAUUCGAGCACGGACACAAGCACAUGACGAAGUUACAGAAGGCGCGACACUUGAACAUAGUCCGACGAGCCAAGGACACAGUCCGCGGUGCGUAA